UACAUAUACUGGGACUUGAGUAGUAGCGCCACCUGCCGAUAAGGAGGCUUACCACCACCCAAUAAUAAUAUUCUUAUUCUCUCAUGCUGUGCACCCUUCCUGAGCCCAGGACACUGUACACACUGACAAGCGUUCUGUAACCGAGCGCCACUAGAGGAACAAGCCCCGGCCAGCAUGGCAGCCACGCUACCGAAGCGGAGGACGCUGAAGGAUAGACAGGCGGAAGAGGCGGGGCCAGGGUGAGUCCUCCCACGUGCUAUAUCCGGCUGCCCCGCCAGCUCUUCUCUCUCAUUCACCGCGUGGAGAGGAGCAGAGCGCGGUCAUGGCGGAUGACGAUGGAUCAAAGAAGAAAUCCAAGAAACGCAAGAGUCAGACGCUGGGGGAGAUCGCGGAUAUACAGCAUGAAGGAAGCUUUCUGAUACAGCCAGAAUCCAAAGUUACCCAGUUAGAUACAUCUCAAUGGCCCUUGUUGCUUAAGAACUUUGAUAAGCUGAAUGUUCGGACAACACACUACACUCCUAUACCGUCUGGUUCCAACCCUUUGAAAAGAGAACUCUCAGAAUAUAUAAAAACAGGCUUUAUUAACCUGGAUAAACCUGCCAACCCCUCCUCCCAUGAAGUAGUCGCGUGGAUCCGUCGUAUUUUAAGGGUGGAGAAAACUGGCCACAGUGGAACAUUAGAUCCCAAAGUCACAGGUUGUCUAAUUGUAUGCAUCGACCGAGCCACACGACUUGUGAAGUCACAGCAGAGUGCAGGGAAAGAAUAUGUUGGUAUUGUACGACUACAUAAUGCAAUAGAGGGUGAGCAGCAGCUGGCAAGGGCUCUGGAAACCCUCACAGGCGCACUGUUUCAGAGGCCACCAUUAAUCGCUGCUGUGAAGAGGCAACUGCGUGUUAGAACAAUCUAUGAGAGCAAACUUGUAGAAUAUGACCAGGAACGUAGACUGGGUAUAUUUUGGGUGAGUUGUGAAGCCGGUACAUAUAUCCGGACACUAUGCGUCCACAUUGGUUUGCUGCUUGGAGUAGGUGGCCAGAUGCAGGAGCUUCGCAGAGUUCGGUCGGGUGUGAUGGGAGAGAAGGACAAUCUUGUCACAAUGCAUGAUGUCUUGGAUGCCCAAUGGCAGUACGAUAACAAUAAAGAUGAAAGCUAUCUCCGUAGGGUUGUCUAUCCACUAGAGAAGCUUCUGGUCUCUUAUAAAAGGCUGGUUAUGAAGGACAGUGCAGUUAAUGCUAUAUGUUAUGGGGCAAAGAUCAUGCUUCCUGGUCUUCUGAGAUAUGAAGAUGGCAUUGAGAUAAACCAGGAUAUUGUGGUCAUCACAACCAAGGGAGAAGCUAUCUGCAUUGCUACUGCCCUUAUGACAACAGCUGUGAUAUCGACGUGUGACCAUGGCGUUGUGGCAAAGAUAAAACGUGUUAUCAUGGAGAGGGACACCUAUCCCCGCAAGUGGGGCCUUGGUCCCAAGGCCAGUCAGAAGAAGAUGAUGAUUCAGAAAGGGCUGCUAGACAAGCAUGGGAAACCCAAUGAGAAUACCCCAGCUAACUGGACUGAAGGAUAUGUUGAUUACAAGGCAGCACAGAAGAAAGUGACUGCUCCAGAGGUGGAGACACCAGCUAAGAGAAAGCAUGUGAGUGAGUCAGAUAGUGACACUGCUACACCAGUCUCCACCAAAAAGAAAAAGAAGAAACCAGAGAGUGACCAAGAAACCGCAGAUGCAGAACCUUCUACGCAUAAACAAGAGAGCGGUAGUGACAAUGAAAGUGCCUUAAAACCAAAGAAAAAGAAGAAAAAGAAACAUGAGGAAGAGGAGGGUGCGACAGAAGAUUCUCCAAAGGUAACAAAAAGCAUGAAGAAGAAGAAAAAGAAACGCAAAGAGGAUUUGGAAUAAAAACAUAACAAUCUUCAGUGGUUGAGUGUGAAUAAGCACUCGGGCGAAGACUACUGAAAUAAUGAAUGUCCUGUUUUAAGGAUUGUAUAGAUUUUUUUUUUUUUUGGUUAUUUUUGACAUCCCUUUGUACAUUGAUACUAAUGCUAAAUUUCAUUACCAUUUUAGGAUAGUUCAAACUUAUGGACUAUCUCAUAAAUUUUUUAUUUCUUUUUCCUUUCCCCAAUAAACCCUCUUUCUUACA